ACUGCGUUUCCUGGGUUCAGAGGUCAAUCGUUACCAACAAAAUAUGGUCUUCGGCUGGCUGCUCGACUCUUCAAGGAAAGUAAACAAAUAUUUUUAGCGAAAUAACGUCAGUAGACUGCUAUCGCGUUAAAUUACGACCAGACUGUCUGAAAAUGGUCUGAAAAUCAAAAGUGCAGGCGUUUGCACUGUUGUCGCUGGUUCUCGAAGACGCCAGUUAGCGCCAUAACGUUAGCAAGCUAGCCGUAACAGCAAGCCAACAUCACUGGACUGGCAGCUAUCUAGCUACACACCAAGGCUACAGCUAUGUUUGUGCAAGAAGAGAAGAUAUUCGCCGGAAAAAUAUUAAAAAUUCAUAUUUGUACAAUGGAGGGUACGGAGUGGUUGGAAGAAGUUACAGAGGAUACCACUAUUGAAAAACUCAAAGAGAAGUGCUUGAAACAUUAUGUACAUGGAAGUCUUGAAGACCCCAAAACACUCACACACCACAAACUUGUCCAUGCUGCUACAGAGAGGAUCCUCAUGGAAACAAAAACAGUUUCAGAUGAAAAUUUAAAAGAUAAAGAUGUUCUUCUACUGAUAAAGAAGAGACCACCGCCACCCCCUCCGAAAAUGGCGGAUAUAUCUGCAGAGGAAAAGAAGAAGCAAGAUAACAAGGCUCCAGAUAAGGAAGCUAUCCUGAAGGCCACCGCUGGCCUGUCCACCCGCCACACUGACCGCACUGUCACCCAGCACAACAUCAGAGACGAAAUCCCAUUGAGGUCAGAAGACCUCAUUCCCACAGGAGACCUGUUUCAGACGGAGCUUAGGAAAAUCCUUGUCUCUCUCAUUGAAGUGGCCCAGAAGCUUCUCGCCUUGAAUCCUGAUGCUGUGGAGCUCUUCAAAAAGGCCAAUGCCAUGCUGGAUGAGGAUGAUGAGGACCGGGUGGAUGAGACGGCCCUUCAGCAGCUGACUGAGAUGGGUUUCCCUGAGAGCAGAGCCAUCAAAGCUCUCAGACUCAAUCACAUGUCGGUGACCCAGGCCAUGGAGUGGCUGAUUGAGCACGUAGAUGACCCCACGGUGGACACACCCCUGCCUGGCCAGGACACCCCAGGAGCAGUAGGGGCCACAGCACCCCCCCUGGUCCAUUCUAUCUCGGCCUCCGCCUUCCGUCCCAGCCUCCUCUGCACCCUCUCCCAGACCAGCACAGACGACGCUGCCACCGGAGCCAGGCAGGACGAGCUUACUGAGAUCUUCAAGAGAAUCCGAAGGAAAAGAGAGUUCAGGGCCGACUCACGGGCAGUCAUUGCUUUAAUGGAGAUGGGUUUCGAUGAGAAGGAGGUGGUCGAUGCUCUGAGAGUCAACAACAACCAACAGGAUGCUGCGUGUGAGUGGCUGCUGGGGGACAGGAAGCCGUCUCCAGAGGACCUGGAUAAGGGCAUCGACACCAACAGUCCUCUGUUCCAGGCCAUCCUGGAGAACCCCGUGGUCCAGCUGGGCCUCACCAACCCCAAAACACUGCUGGCGUUUGAGGACAUGUUGGAGAACCCUCUGAAUAGCACCCAGUGGAUGAACGACCCUGAGACUGGGCCUGUCAUGCUGCAGAUCUCCAGAAUCUUCCAGACACUCAACCGCACGUAGACACUGCACAAACCGUGCGUGUGUGUGCGUGCGUGCGUGCGUGUGUGUGUGUGUGUGUGUGUGUGUGUGUGUGUGUGUGUGUGUGUGUGUGCGCGUGCGUGCGUGUGUGCGCGUGCGUGUGUGUGUGUGUGCGCGUGCGUGUGUGUGUGUGCACGGCUGUGACGAGUAUUGUUUUUGCCUUGAAAAGUCAAAGCCGGAGAAGAUGUGUAAGAGUUUAGAAGACGGAGAUGUGACAGAUAUAUCUAUUUAUACCACAGAAAAUAGAACAAUGUUAACAUGGACAUGAUUAUAAAAAUUAUUAUAAAAAUUGUUGUUUUUUUACAUUUUAAUAAGAACAAUUUAUCGUUAAGACCUACAUGAUUUAUUUAAAAUAAUUUAUCCAUGUACAGAAAAAAUGACCAUCAGGCAUCAAAACAAUGUUUACACUUUAAAAUCAGCUUUUGUAUGUUUUGCGAUAUUUAAAUAUCAAUUACAGUUUCAUUUGUUUCCUUAAAUUGCUACAUUUCAUCAAAGGCGAAUGACUUCAGGGCAAGCAGUCCGUGUCAUUUGGUUGAAGACAGGUCUGCAUGUGAACAUGCACCCUAACAGUUGUAUGUCGAGGGAACCAGGAUUCAGUACUAGCCAGGGGUGUAUUCAAAAGGUUGAAACUUUCAGAAUGUUGCAUAUGGUCCCGUGUGGCACCAUCUGCAACAUUCCCACAGGGUAACAGUAUGAACAUGUAUGCCCUCACUACUGUAAGUCCCUCUGGAUAAGAGCGUCUAAUAAAUGACUUAAAGGUAGAUAGAAAUACAUCAUUUAGAACAUGCAUUCUUCUUUGUCAGAGAGAGAAUCCAUCAUGUCAGUUCUAUAUGUUACAUUUCUAUCUGAACGUUUUGUUCCUGUUCACCUUUCUGAAUGAUUAAGCCCCAGGUGAUGUUAGAGAGGUCAACGGUUGUGCUUAUCACUGUCAGUAGAGGUACAGGGGUGUAUUCAGUAGGAAGCAAACACAAGCAAAUGGAUUGAAACAGGAAAGGGCCUAUCUGAAUUUGUCCAAUAGAAAUUCUAAUUUUCAUUGUGAAAUGUUUUACUACACUGACACUAAUGAAUGCACCCCAGGUGGAUGUGGGUGGUCAGACACUUUAUCUCUCACUCUGUUCAACCUUGGGAACCUACUGCCUGCUGUGAGUCACUACUCAGAUGUGGAAAAGUAAAGGACAUUUUCUUUGUGCUUCUCCCAAAUAUUUAUUUAACUGCUACAUUUUUUGUUGUUGCCUAUUUUAGCAAAGUGUAGUAUUAUAAGCUGUCUUUUUAGUGUCUGUGAAGUCAAGUCUGUGUAAAAGUGGUCUUUGGUCCUGCUUUAUCUCGAGACCUAUGUAUAAAUUCUCAAUGUGCUCUGAUUCUGCGCCUGUUCUCAAUACUCUUACCACAGCUCACUGCAGCAGGCAAAAUAUUACUCCUGGAACUCCUGAGAAAUACAUUUUCUGCCAAUGAGUGGAAUGGUUGGCCUGAGUGCCAGUCUGUUUGUGCUAUCAUGCCAACUCAUUGUCACUGAUUGUGUCAAACCAUAUUUGGCUUGACAAUGAGCAAUGGCGCUGACAAGAGCAACAACAGAUCUGGGACCAGAAUACAGUAUGAUAGGUUUCAGGGGAAAUUGAGGCUUGAUCCACGAACAUCACAUAAAUGAUUUAAAGGUAAUCGUUUGAGUGAUGUGAAGGUGUAUCAUUCCUUCCUGCAAUGAAGCAAACUAGGUAUCAACAUGUAAGCCAAUGCAUUGAAGAAUUUUACAUGCAGUGGUAUACUGAGCUCAGUAAAACGGCUAGUCUAGUGGUGGGCCGUUGUACUUUUGAGAGCAAAGUAGAUGUGAGCUGUUUAACCAAAACAUGAACUUAUUAUUGACUGUGAGAGGACUUGCCUUGUCACCAGACAGACCAGUUCAAACUAUAAUACAGUAACUUGUUGUGCAAUAGCUAGAAUCUAUAGAUGGACUUGAGUUUUGUAGACCUGUUAGAAUACAUAUUUGAUUGUAGUGUUAGGAAUGUGUGAAAUGCAAUGGGUUAGUGAGGCUGUAUGUUUAUUCUAUAUCCUUUGACAGUAAUUUAUAAUAACAAUAAGUGACUUCCCAGAAACACUAGUACUGCUUUUGUUACAUAUGAUUCAAUAUGACUGAUUUAUGGGGCUCUUAGUGUGCUUCCCAAAUGCACCACGUUCCCUAAAUAACGCACUAGUAUUGACCAGAGCCCUGUGGGUCCUGGUCAAAAGUAGUGCACUAUUAGGGAUUAAGGUGCCAUUUGGGACGAAGACCUUGUUUUCAUUGUGAAUUUCAUCUAAAAGAAGAACAUGAAGGAUGCAUGGUGUGUUUUGCCAAGCUUUGAGUGUUUUAUUCAAUAUUUGAAUUGUAGUGUUGUGACUUUGCUCAGGGAGGCUGUUUUUUUCUAGCUAUGCCACUAUGAGGCAAAUCUCUACUCCUGUUGUGCAAAAAUUUGACUUAAGGCUUUAACUGAUCCAUGAAAACCUGGCUUAUUGAACAGAGCGUCACUAAGUAUGGUUUGGUAAAAUGCAAUAUUUGACAAUUAUUUAAAUGUUUUUUAAUGAAGUAUUUGCUUGAAUUGUGUUUAUUUAUAUUUUAGCCAAACUAGUUACUUGAUCUUAUUAAUAUUACUAUUUAGAGAAUCUGAAAUUUGCACUUCAAGUUAUUGAAUUACAAUUUCUUUACAAAAUAGAUCUAUACACAUUUUCUGAAAAUACGUUUUUCACUAGCAGGUCACGGAUCUGUCGAGCAAUGUAGCAUUUUUGAAUGUUCAAAGCAUUUGUAUAGAUGGAGGAGGAGAAGACUACAUUGGCAGCCUUUCUGUAUACAGGUCUAGGAUGCUGUGGCAAAGUUUUCUAUCAUGGCAAGUGUUAUUUGUUUUAACAACAUGGACCGUUUUUGGUUUUUCAUAGUAAUCCAAUAUCAAAUCAUGUAUUUCCCAACUGUAGAGACUGAAUGGUAGAAGACUCUAGGUACAAACAUGAGCCAUCAGGAGCUGAAAGGCUAGAUUGGUCUUUGAUCAGUGCUUAAAGGGUAUUUUUAGAGUGUGAGAGUCAUCUUGGCAGUUGGAUUGUUUGUACUGGGUUUCCAUACUAUACUGUCCGGUAUUAACAACCUAUGCAAUAUACUCUCUCAUUCUGUUAAACCGACUAGCCUCGCCCUCGGGGCUACUGUCAUUCAAAUCACCAUUACAUUAAAAGCAUUUCUGUUGCUGUUUU